UACAUCACAUCACUACAAACAAGAUCUAACCUUUCAGUCCCUCAGAACUGAAAGAGCAUAAUGCUGCGGUUCCUCAACAGAAAGAACAGAUCCCCGUCGGGCCUCCUAAUCGGUCUGGCUCGGCGAUGGAUGUCCGCCAAAACGACCGUGAUGAGCUUCGGCGAUGGUUCCCAGGGUGCGCUAGGCCUGGCCGCUUCUCCAAUGGGUCUGUGCUGUGACACCUACGAGCCCACUCCUGUCCCAGGCCUGCCGCCCGACCUUUGCAGCAUCACCGCCGGCCACUACCACUCCCUCGCCGUCACUUCUCAGGGCCAGGUCUGGGCCUGGGGCCGUAAUAGCGAAUCGCAGCUUGGCCGUGGCCAACUUUCUCCUAGAGAGACGUGGAGUCAACCACAAAAAGUAGAAGGACUGAAUCAAGUGAGAAUACAAGCUGCAUUUGCAUCUGGUGUUAUAUCUGCUGCAAUUGGAGAUGAUGGCACUUUGUGGGUAUGGGGAAAGUCCAACCGUGGGCAGCUAGGUCUUGGGAAAGAUGUUAUUGAAGCUAUUUUACCAGCUAGAGUUGAAUCACUUCUUGGACAAGAGAUAGUUAAGGUCUCCCUGGGUUGGGGGCACGCUCUUGCUCUGUCUAAAGAUGGGAAACUGUUCGGCUGGGGUUACUAUGCAGAUGGUAGAUUAGGAAAGAUUGGUAAAUCUUUGGAGGCCUCUCCACUUGAUUCAGUUGCUGAGAAAGUGUAUUCAUCAAGUGAAAACUCGAAUUUGAUGGUUGAAACAGCAGAGAAAUUGGUUUUAGCAGCAAUAGAGAAGGAAAAGGAAAUGCCUGUCAUAUGGGAACCUACUUUAGUCGAAGAACUUUUUGAUGUUAAAGUUGUGGAUAUAGCUUGUGGACUUGAUCAUUCUCUAGUAUUGUGCAGUGAUGGUUCUCUUUUAAGUGGGGGGAGCAACGUAUAUGGGCAGUUAGGUAGAGUAAAAGAAGAUUUAGGACUGCAUCAAGUUGAUAUGAGCCAAAGACCUCUGAGUAUAGCGUCAGGACUAGGGCACUCUUUGGCGAUCUGUGAACACACGCUAUCAGAGUCGGGAGAAGAUAGUAGAAGUGUCGUUACAUGGGGAUGGAACCAGAGUUCUCAACUUGGGAGAGAAGGGUCAGUGAACGUCCCUCUGGUUGUCGACAGUCUUGUUGGCGAGAUGCCAAUUUCUGUUUCUGGAGGGCGGGUCCAUUCCUUAGCUGUGACGGCCAAGCAAGAGGUUUGGAGUUGGGGCUGCGGUAGAAAUGGCAGGCUCGGAUUGGGUAGCUCUGUUGAUGAACCUGAACCGACGCUGGUUGAAUGUUUGGAGGGUCGUGAAGUCUUACAAGCUGUCUCAGGGUUUGACCAUAAUCUUGUUCUGGUUGCUGAAUGAUGUGAAAUGAAUUUGACACUAUUCUCUUCAUAUCCUCAUGCUUAUCAAUCUUUUCUUUGUCCUA